AUGCCACUUCCAAAUUCGCCCCCUACACCUUUGAACAAUGUCGUUAAUCCGUCGUUUCUUUCACUCCAAUCUCAUUCAGCUCAAGAUUUUGCUGUCAUUGAUCCUUCCACACUCAACGAGAUCACACGUGUAUCACAUAUGGGAAGUCGUGAGACAAACGAGGCUAUUGAAGCUGCUUAUGAAGCUCAAAAGAUUUGGGGUCAAACCACACCAUUAUCUCGGUCCAAACUAUUAAAAAAUUGGUACAAUGCAAUUAUUGCGAAUACAGACGAUCUUGCUUUAAUAGCUUCAAUGGAGAGUGGAAAGCCAUUACUCGAAGCAAAGGGAGAAGUUACAUAUGCUGCAGACUUUAUUGACUUUUAUGCUCAUGAAAUCAUGCAUUCAAGUGGAUUUCUACCUUCACCUUCGGUUUCAAAUCAUAAACUUCUUGCAAUGAAAGAACCCAUUGGUGUCUGUGGUAUUAUCACACCUUGGAACUUUCCACUUGCUAUGAUCACAAGAAAACUUGGUCCAUGUCUAGCAGCUGGUUGUACAGCAGUUUUAAAACCAGCAGCUGAGACACCAUUAUCAGCUCUUGCAUUAGCAAAAUUAGCUCAAAGUGUCGGUAUACCACCUGGUGUGAUUAAUGUCAUCCCCGUUCCAAAUAAUGAAGCAGCACAAGUUGGCACUGUCUUGACGAAUCAUCAAUAUGUACGUAAGAUUUCAUUUACAGGUUCUACACGAAUUGGCAAACUCUUAAUGCAAGAAUCAGCAAAGACUGUCAAGCGAUUAUCACUUGAACUUGGUGGCAAUGCUCCAUUGAUUGUAUUUCAUGAUGCUGAUCUUGAAAAGGCGGUCAAAGGUCUAAUGACAUCGAAAUUUCGAAAUACAGGACAAACUUGUGUUUGUAGCAAUCGUAUUUUUGUUCAUGCAAGUAUUUACGAUAGCUUUGCAGCUAAAGUUGUGGAAAAUGUCAAGAAACUGCGAAUGGGGUCACCUCUUGAAGAAGGUGUGAAUCUUGGACCAUUAAUUAGCUCCAAUGCUUGCGAUAAAACGUCGGAUUUAGUUAACGAUGCCGUUGCAAAAGGAGCUACAGUCUUAAUUGGUGGCGAACGUAGUAACGUGGGACGCAAUUAUUAUCAAGCAACAGUAUUAACAAAUGUUAAUGAUACGAUGCGUGUCUCAAACGAAGAGAUCUUUGGACCCGUUGUACCAUUAUUUAAAUUCACAACAGAAGAUGAAGUAAUUGAGAUGGCCAACAAAACAGAAGCUGGACUUGCUGGCUACUUUUUCUCGCAAGAUCUUUCGAAAGUUUGGCGUAUUGCGGCUGCUUUAGAAUGUGGAAUGAUUGGAGUGAAUACAGGCGUCAUUUCAAUUGUACAAGCUCCAUUUGGUGGCGUCAAACAGUCUGGAUUAGGACGAGAGGGAUCGUUUAUGGGACUUGAAGAAUAUCAAGAGACCAAAAUGGUUUGCUUUGGUGGACUUGAAUGA